AUGACCACCCCCCGCUUCUCAACCGAAGACGUAACAGUCGUUUUCUUCCUCGGCGGCCCAGGCAGCGGCAAAGGCACCCAAUCCGCCAACCUAGUCGAAUCCUAUGGCUUCGUGCACCUCUCCGCCGGCGACCUCCUGCGCGCCGAGCAAGAGCGCGCCGGCAGCCAAUACGGCGACAUGAUCCGAGAGUACAUCCGGGAAGGCAAGAUCGUGCCGAUGGAAGUUACCGUCGCUCUGCUGUCCAACGCGAUGGCCGAUUCGCUGGCCUCGGCGCCCCCGCCCGCCGGCACGAAAGCGCGCUUCCUGAUCGAUGGCUUCCCGCGGAAACUGGACCAGGCUGUGUUCUUCGAGGCAACCGUUUGCCCUUCGGAGUUGGUGCUUUUCCUUGAUUGCCCCGAGGAUGUGAUGGAGAGUCGGCUGUUGAAGCGCGGCGAGACCAGUGGCCGCGCGGACGAUAAUGCUGAGUCUAUUCGCAAGCGGUUCAAGACUUUUGUCGAGACUUCUAUGCCUGUUGUUGAGGAUUUCAGGGCGAAGGAUAAGGUCGUUGAGGUUAAGGCUGAUACCUCUGUCAAGGAGGUUUAUGCCAAGAUCAAGGCUGGUAUUGAGAAGAGGGGCAUCGAGGCUCGUUAA